AUGUCCGCUAAAGACAAAAUAAUAACCGAAAUUCAAAAUGAGAAUGUUGGAAGUUUAACUGCGAUCAAACUCCGCUCUCCAGUGAUUGCAGGGAAUUUUGCAGUUUGGGGAGGAAUGUUCAGCACUAUUGACUGCACAUUAGUGCAUUUUCGGAAAAAGGAAGAUCCAUGGAAUUCAAUUAUAAGUGGAUUUACAACAGGUGGAAUUUUAGCUGCAAGGAACGGUAUACCUGCAAUGGCUGGAAGUGCUAUAAUUGGCGGAGUGUUGCUGGCCUUAAUUGAAGGUGUCGGAAUUUUAUUUACCCGUCUUUCUGCAGAGCAGUUUCGGAAUCCUACGCCACCGAUUGAUGAUCCCACAGCACUAGGCGAUGCUGCACAAUCUUUUGGUUUUGGGCAGACUCAUCAACAUCAGUCGCAAUAUCAGUGAAAAUGUGUUCAUAUAAAAUGAGCACUUAUUUAUACAUAUGCGUUGUGUCAUAUUUGUUUAUGUAUAUCAAUACCGGUAUACAUUAAUUUUAAUAUAUUUUCACAGCAAUCCAAUAUCAUUUAGAAAAUAAUAAAAAUUAUGAAGUAUGUCGUUAUGUUGAUUUAAUAGACCUGUAAUAUUCCGAGAAUAAUAUCAAUUAAAUUGGGAUCGAAAUAACUUCGACCCUUGAGUUCACAAUAUGAAA